CUCCAGGGUCACAUUAGUCUCACGUAGCCAGACCUUAAGACUGACGGCUGAAGGUCUGGAAUUCAUAGCAGCUUUCACGUCACACGUCUCCCGGAAAUUCUGUAUAAUUCAAUCUGAUGAAUACUUCAUAAACUUCUGAAGUGUUUCCACUUUUGUGUGCUGUAUGCAUUAGAUGUUCAGCCAACGGUCCGUGGGUGUGGCAUCUGUGGCUGAGGGUCAUGUAUGCAGUUCUCACACUGAAGAACGUGUCACAACCACUGUCAUGUCAAAGACUACAAAGAGGAAGUGAACAAACACAGGAAGAGCUGAGAGUAUCUAAAGACAGAGUUUCGAGUGUAUAAUAAAGAGGAAGACUGAGAGAAAGAGAAGAUGGCUGAUAAGUGUCACUUGUGUCUGCUGGGACUGAUCUUUCUCUCUUCACUUCUCACAGGUCUCAGUGGAGUGGAUGAUGUUCAUGUGUUCAUCAGUUCUGGUGAAAAUGUUCGUCUGUCCUGUAAUAAUGCUCUUCAUGACUGUAAAUCAACUGCAUGGAUCUAUAACAGAUUCAGUCAUUCAGAGACAGUUGAACUGAUUGCUGGAGGGAUAAAGAAGACAGACACAGAGAGUUAUGAGAGACUGAGUCUGGGGUCUGACUGCUCUCUGAACAUCAAAAACAUCAUAAAAGAAGAUUAUGGAUCUUACACCUGCAGACAAUAUGUGAAUGAUCAACAACAAGGAACUGAUGCUCGUGUUUAUCUGCAUGUUCUUCACGUCUCUUCAUCAUCUUCAUCAUCCUCACAGACUGAGAUCAGUGCAGGUCUCUCUGUGACUCUCUUCUGUCAGUUGUAUUCAUCUGCUGGAGUCUCUUGUGAUGAAUGGAUCCGUUCUAAGGGAAUUGAUCUGUUCUGGGUGAAUCAGGCUGGUGUUAAACUGACGAGAUCAGACUCCAGAUAUCAGAUAUCAGCUCCAGAUCACUGUAUCAUCACUCUGAAUACAACACUCCUGAAUGAAGAUCUCAACAGAGAGUGGAGAUGUGAAGUUACUCACAGAGAUCAACUCAAAACCUCAGCCACAUACACUGACAAGAGACCAGCUCGAGCUGAUUCAACAACAGCAGAGACUCCAGUCCACAGCACAAACUCAACUACAACAACACCAGCAACUUCUGGUUCAUUAUUCAGAAUGAUUGUGAUUAUUGUAGAGUUUGCAGUGUUUGCUGCUCCUACUGUGAUUUUUCUUCAGAUCAUCUGUGACAGAAGAGCUGAAAACAAAGAAAAACUCUGACCACCUUGAAGAAAUAAUGAUGCCAUCCAUUUUUAUUAUUAUUUUUUUUUAACAAAUAACAGGCGAGCUGUAUUUUCAUUUCUAUGGAGUUAAUGUAUAUUUGCAUGCAGUGUUUACAGUCAUUUUCUUGUGUUUGGUAUAUAACCUGCUUUAAAUACAGUAUUAAAUACAGUAAUGGGCAGAUUAUUUGUAUAAUAAUCUCUGUUCUGUGUGAUGGGGCUGCUUUGGUGAAUCUUUUAUCUCAUCUAUUCGUUUUUGUUUUUUAUCAUUUAUUUUUAUUAAUUUGUUUAUAUUUUGGGUGAUAGCUAAUCAUUUCCUUAAUAAAACCUCUGCAACUGCGUUUAA